GCUCCUGCAGGAGGAAAAUGAGCUCAACCACUGUUUAGUUUCGCAGACGUCUGGCACUGCACCGCUCACUGAUCAGAUGCGCUGGUUUGGCUUUGGCUUCAACGCGUUUGGACAGAUAUGUGUCCAGGAAAAGUUAGACAAAGGAGAAAGUAGCAAUGAAGUCAAAGUAACUCACCCAACAGAGCUCAGCAGUCAUGUGGAUAGAAGUGGAUGCUGCUUGGAGGCGAGUCAGAUCAGAGUGAGUUGGAGUCGUAGAGCAUCUUUACAUUUGGAUGGGGACAGCUUCGUGAUUCUGGCAGGCUUUGGGGCACCCAUCUCCACUGAAGACUGUGACAUUUCUAACCUAGAGAGCCAUGGUUGUAAAGAUGCAUUCAUCAGUGAAACGCACUUGACCUUGGCCUUCCCAGACAGGAUUGAGUCUUGGGAUCUGCAGAAGUGGGAGAAGAGUCCAUCAUGGUGCAUGGAUUUAAAAACUCAGGCAGAGAGCUCUGAUGUAAAUUUGCCAUUGGUCCCUGGGGGUUAUAUUGCCUUAAAGCCUCCCUUUUACCGCUCCUUGCCUGGACACCUGAAAGCCAGGAGCCUGGCACUGGGUGCAGAGCAUGCCGUUCUUCUUACUGCCACUGGAGCAGUGUACACCUGGGGACUGGGCAGCCACGGUCAGCUGGGGCAUGGAGGGCUCACCUCUGAGGAGGAGCCCAGAGCAGUGGAGGCUCUCUGGGGGAUGCCCAUGACCUGUGUAACUACGGGAGGCUGGCACUCUGCUUGCAUUAGUGAUGGGGGUGACCUUUAUGUGUGGGGCUGGAAUGAGAGUGGCCAGCUUGGACUUCCUUCUCGAGGUCUGAGGAAAGCAUCACAGCAGAACAGUAGGCAACAAACAGGAGAAUUGUGCUGUGAUACCAGCACACCACCAGCUGAAGAGCUAAAGGAGGAAGAGAAACAUGAAGAAGUAUUCAUAUCAAUCCAAGCGUUCCCCGCUCUGCUGGAUGUCUCUCCAUCAUGUGAAAUCCAGACAGUCAGCUGUGGCUCCCGUCACACAGCUGCAGUGACAACCACCGGUGACCUCUACACUUGGGGAUGGGGUGAAUACGGCCAGCUCGGACACCAGACAGUAACCAGUUUGGAUGAGCCGCAGCGUGUGGAGUUUUUCAGGGCUGAGCACAUGCGCGUGCUCGAUGUGGUUUGCGGGACAUGGAACACAUUUGCUGCAGCUGUGAAGGAGGAAGUAGCUUGCUCUUAAAAUGACAUACAAUCCCCUUGAUAAAACACAGUGAACCUUGGACAACAGUUGUAAAGUUCCCCUACAAAUACAAAGAAUUGAAUACAUGUUUA